AAGAAGUGUAGCUACUCUUGGUCAUUAAUUUUGAGUUUAGAUUUGUAGUGAGGGAUUUUCGGUAGCCAUCUCUGUUUGGAAAGUGAAAAAUGAUUGAAAGGGGGCAGCCCCAUGCGCUUCUGAUUCCUGUGCCAGUGCAGGGCCACAUUAAUCCCAUGAUGCAACUCGCCUGGAAACUCAUCUCCCAUGGAUUUCUCAUCACAUUCCUUAACACCCAAGAUACCCUACACCGCAUAUCGGAAGCCAAUAAGAAAAGCUCUCUGCCCAAAAACUGGGAUUUGAUCCGAAUGAUCUCUGUUCCAAUGGAGGCGCAGCCAGAAGAUGGUCGGGACGAGGUUAUAAAAUUUUCAGAAUCGCUAGACAAGGGGCUGGGCCCUCCUGUAAUUCUCAAUCUUAUCCAGAAGAUCAACAAUGAAGAAGAGCACAAGAUCACUUGCAUAAUAGUAGAUUUCUGGAUGUGCUCUGGCUUACAGGCUGUUGCAAAUUUCCACGGCAUAUCUCUCGCUGUUUUGCAUACGCAGCUUCUUUCUGUUUGCGCCAUUAGCUACUUCAGUCGCCGCCUCAUCUCCCACGGAAUCCUUCCUUCUAAUGGUAUAGUGGAGGAGGAUAAGAUGGUAAAUUGUCUUCCCUCAGUGCCGCCAAUGCGUUCUGGGGAACUUCCAUGGAUGAAUGGGGGUGAGUACUUAUUUCUUAGGGGGAAUCGCAUGGCUCAAGAACUGAAGCAGAUAAAAUGGGUUCUUUUCAACUCCCUUCAAGACCUCGAAGCUCCAGCAGUGGAAGAACUGUCCAAAGAAGUGGGAGUGUAUACAAUAGGUCCAUUAAUUCCUCCUGAGUUUCUACAUGGCGAUUCAAGCAAUACGACCAUGACCCUUCCAAGCUUGUGGACAGACGAAUUGGAAUGUUUAAAAUGGUUGGAUAAACAAGCUGCCCAAUCUGUGAUCUACUUAUCUUUCGGAAGUUUUACAGUUCUCGAGGAAAAGCAAGUGGAAGAGAUUGCUCUGGGUUUAGAGGCAACAAAAAGACCAUUUCUGUGGGUUCUGCGCUCAGAUGGAAUGAAAGGUGACAAGGCCGUUUCGAUUUCGAGGUUAUUGGAGAGCACAGGAGAUCAAGGGUGUAUUGUGGGUUGGGCCCCACAGUUGCAGGUAUUAGGUCACCCUUCAUUAGCAUGUUUUGUAACACAUUGUGGAUGGAACUCGGUGGAGGAGAGCAUGAGCAUGGGAGUGCCCAUGCUCUGCUGGCCUUAUUUCACUGACCAGUUUCUUAACCGCAACUACAUUGUGGAUGUCUGGAAAGUUGGCCUACCAUUAAAUCCCAAUAAAGAUGGACUCAUAGAGAAAAAGGAAUUCAGAAAAGCUGUAGAAGAUUUGCUGGUGAGCGAAAAAGGAAUGGAAAUCAGAGAGGAAGUGAACAAAUGGAAGAAAAUUGCAAAAAAUGCUGUGAAGGAAGGAGGGUCUUCUUCAAACAAUUUUAAUCUGUUUAUUAACGCCAUUAAGCAGAUUCCUGUCACAAAAGUUUAGGGUGAAUAUUUUUAGGUAUUGUAUUGAAAUGAGCUACAGGCGUAUUGAGAGAAGUGCACUUCAGGUUCAAAUCUUAUCGUAGAUAAUUUUAAGAGUAGGGUAUGGUGUGGAACGAACACCGUACGUUUAUAUUUUAGUGGUGAGCCAUAUAGAGUAUUGAAAUAAAAGAUCCUCCAUCGCAGUUUGCAUUCAAAAUUAUUUUUAAAUUUGAUAUGUUUAGCUCUAUCUAGAGAAAACAGCUGAGUGCUAAUCAUUUAUCAAAAAGAACCAUCAUAUCUGCAUACAUUUGGAUACCUCUGAUGCCGGAGUAGGAACAUAGAUUCCUGCAAAUGAUUCUCCAGCAAUAAAGAAUGGAUUUGAUUGUGUAUUCCUCGAACUACUGCUU